AGUAGGCAGAGGAGAUCCCAGGCCUGCUAUUGUGCCUUGCAAGCCCAUUUUCAAAGGAAGCCACUAGCAUGUCUGUGACCAUGUGCCAGUCCUUGGGCUUUAUGGUAUGCCUGGUAGGGGUUGCUGGAAUUACUGUAUCUGCUUGCAUGAACCAGUGGAGCACACAGGAUCUUAUGAACAGUCCUGUCACAUCCGUCAAUACUUACCAGGGACUAUGGCGUACCUGUGCUGUGGAGAGCUCAGGUUUUACAGAGUGCCGCCCAUAUCUGACCAUCCUUGGACUGCCAGCGAUGCUCCAGGCUGUAAGAGCACUGAUGAUUGUGGGCAUUGUACUGGGUGUUUUUGGUCUUCUGGUGGCUACUUUUUCCCUGAAAUGCUUACGGAUGGGCAACAUGGAAGACUCUUCAAAGGCAAGCAUGACUUUGGCUGCCGGAGUCAUGUGCAUUGUGGCUGGCCUCUGUGCUAUCUGCGGAGUUUCUGUUUUUGCCAACAUGCUUGUCACAGACUACUGGAUGUCAACAGCUAAUAUGUACCAGCCAGGAAUGAUGGAGUCACUCCAAGUAAGAUACACGUUUGGUGCUGCUCUCUUUGUAGGAUGGGUUGCUGGAGGCCUGUCCUUUGUGGGAGGCAUCAUGAUGUGCAUUGCUUGCAGAGGACUGGUACCCGAAGAGACCCAUUACAAGGCAGUCUCCUACAAGUCUGCUGGAUAUAAAUCUGGAACUGCUUAUGAAACCAAGAAGACUCCAGUAAUGGAUAAUAAUACUGUCAAAAGUGAUGAAGGAAGACGUUCCUACCCUUCAAAAUAUGACUAUGUAUAGAAACUGUCCUGUUAUGAUAUAUAGUUCCACACUCUACUUAUAAAACUUCAACUGCAGUCCAAACCAAGAGCAAAGUGCUAAUGGCGCUUAUCUAGCUUUCAAUUAUUCCUGGGUUUGCCCUUAUGAUGCUGGAAAUCUCUUCUCCAGUUGUUUAUAAAUGUUCACUUUGUAUGACUGUAAAUAGAUCCUGAUGUCAUAGUAAGCUUGAAAUGAACUGAAUUUUUCCCCCUGCAAAUAAUUGCUUCUUGUUCAAAGGAAAAUUGAAGACAUUCCUUAGCCAAUUUACUAUAUUUUAAAUAGAUGUAAUUAUAUAGUAAAAACUGGAACAUCAUUGCAGUGUACAAUGUUGAAUCCAUUUCAGAUUCAUGCUGGCUAGGGAAUUCUGGGAGUUGAAGUCUAUACAUCUUAAAUUUGCCAAGUUUGAAAAACACUGCUUUACAGUAUUGGGCAUAUCUUGUUAAUCUAUUCCAGAGGUUUCCCUAAAUCACUCAGAAUUCAAAUCCAAGUGAAAAAAACUAUUUUAGUUUAAUUUUUAAAAAUAAUAUGUAAACAUUAGAAUUAAUUAGGAUGAACAUGAAUUAGGCUUAAUUGCUAAAACAAAUACACUUGCUCUCAGAGGAAAUUAAGUCCUACUCCACUUUCUUCUUAUUUCAUUAUAUUCAUCCACUCU